AUGUAUUUAUUUAUUUCAGAUUUUGCAAUGAGCACCGAAAUCAAAGAUAAUAACGAUAUUCAUUCCAAUGAUGAAAUUAAUCAAGAUAACAAUGAACUAUCACAGGAAAUCGAUCAACCAUUAUCAUCUGAAAAUGACGAAGAAGAAGAAAAAAUAAUUAAAGAAUCAUCUAUCGAUAAUAAACAAGAAAUUGAACCAUCACAUUUAACAUCAAAUAAUGAUGAAUUUCCAUUAGAAACUCCAUCUAAUGAUACUAUCAAUGAAAAAGAAGAUGAUUCAACAGCAGCAAUUGUAUCUGAAGAGAAUUCAUUAGCUCUGCCUGUAUCUGAAGAGAACUCAUUAGCUUUGCCUGUAUCUGAAGAGAACUCAUUAGUAGUACCAGGAUUUGAACAGGAUGAUAAUACAGCUGGUGAUACUAUUCAAUCAGAAUCAUCAAAUCAAUAUGAUAAUACUCAUCAACUUUUACAAAUUAUAGCUGAUAAAUCGAAUAAAGAAGCAUCUUUAACAAUAUUAAAUACACUUGUCGAAGGUGAUUUUGAUUUAGAUAAAAAUUAUAUAAUACAAAAACCAAAAAAUUUACAUGAAUUAUUUUCUAUAUUUAAUAAAAUGUCACCAUCAUUACAAGCUGAAAUACUUAGUGUAUUAAUUGGUAUAAUGCGUAAAAGUGAACGUAAUUUAUUAGCAUCAAUUGAUGCACAAAUAUAUGAAAAAACAUUAGAAUUAUUAAAUAAAAUUGAUGAUGAUGUUGUUGCUGAUUUAUUAGUUGAUAUUCUUACAGUUUUAACAUCAUUAACAAUUAAUGUUAAUGAACUUAAACUUCUUUUACAUUAUCUUAAAACAGAAAAUCGAAUAUGGAAAAAACAUGCCGUUAAAUUAUUAAAUAUUUUUAAAAAUCUUCCAUAUCGACAUGGACCUGAUGAAUUUUUUAAUUUUCCUGGUCGAAAUGGUUCUGGUAUUAUUUUACCACCAAUUAAAAUUUGGCCAUAUCAAAAUGGUUUUACAAUAACAACAUGGUUUCGUAUUGAUCCUGUUGCAAAUGGUGUUAUUGAAAAAGAAAAACCAUAUUUAUAUUGGUUUUGUACAUCAAAAGGUCAUGGUUAUACAGCACAUUUCGUUGGUAAUUGUUUAGUUAUAUCAUAUUCAAAAUUAAAAGAAAAAACUUUUCAACAUUGUAUACAAUAUGAAUUUAAACCACGAGAAUGGUAUAUGAUAACAUUUGCACAUCAAUAUCAACGAUGGGGUAAAAGUAGUAUAUAUUGUUAUAUAAAUGGUCAACUUGUAUCAAAUGCACAUUUUCCUUGGAGUAUUGAAAGUGGUGAUAUAUUUGAUAAAUGUUAUAUAGGUUGUACACCUGAUCGUCAUGAUUUAACAAGUUUUUCUGGUCAAUUAUCAACAUUUUAUUUAUUUAGUAUAUAUUUAGAACCAUUAAUUGUUCAAGGUUUAUAUAAAUUAGGACCAGCAUAUAAAAAUCAAUUUAAAUUUGAAAAUGAAAGUGCACAUGUAUUAUCUGAUUCACAAAGAAAAGCAAUGUAUGAUGGAAAAUUAAUGAGUUCAAUUAUAUUUAAUUAUAAUCCAAUUGCAUGUGAAGAAAAACUUGUUUUACAAGCUGCACCAAAAACAAAUGUAUCAUAUUUUGUUCAUACAGCACAUGCACAAAUGUUAAGUAAUGUUCGAUCUGUAAUAACAUAUUCAAUUUAUUCAACAUUACAUAGUGUUGGUGGUAUACAAGUAUUUUUUCCUUUAUUUGGACAAUUAGAUCAUCAACAAAUUGAUGGUUCAAUUAAUUAUAAUGUUUGUUCAAUACUUUUAUCGACUUUAUGUGAAUUAAUUGAACGAUCAUAUACAAUUCAACAUCAAAUGCUUAAUUCAAAAGGUUUUCUUGCAAUUGGAUGUCAUCUUGAAAAGGUAUCAAAACAACAUAUUAAUAUGACUGUUCUCAAUUCUCUUAUAUCAUUAACAACAUUUUUUGUUAAAAUUGAAAGCAAAAAUAGUCCAUUAUUAUUGAAACAAUUAUUUAUUCAUAUAUUUUUUAAUCCUGUUAUAUGGAUUUAUUGUUCAGUUGAUGUUCAAAUGCGUUUAUAUACAUAUUUAGCAACAGAAUUUGUUACUUAUUCAGAAAUCUAUCAUUUAAUUCAACCAAUAAGUGAAAUAAUUCAAACAUUACAUACAUUAAAAUAUUUCUAUUGGAUUAUUGAUCCAAGUCAUCGAAGUGGUUUUAAACCAAAAGGUUCAGAUGGAAAUCGACCAACACGUGAACAAAUUAUUGAAAUGAGACGUUAUAUGUUACUCUAUUUAAAACAACUUGUUAUAAGUAGUUCAGGUACACAAGAAGAAGAACUUCAAGCAAUUAUUAAUUAUCUUCAUACAGUCCAUGAAGAUGAUAAUCUUAUUGAUGUAUUGGAUAUGACUGUAAAUCUUAUGUCAGAACAUCCAAGAGCAAUGGUACCUGCAUUUGAUCGUCGACAAGGAUUAAGAACGGUUUUUAAAUUAUUAGCAAGUAGUAGUGAAGUAACACGUUUACAAGCUUUGAAAUUAUUAGGAUUCUUUCUUCAACGAAGUACAGUAAAACGGAAAACUGAUGCAAUGCAACCACAUAAUCUAUUUUCAUUAUUGGCUGAUCGACUUUUACUUCAUCCAAAUAGUUUUACAAUGGCUACUUAUAAUGUUCUAUUUGAAAUACUUGUGGAAAAAGUAAGCGGAUUAGUUGUUGAAAAACGAACUUCUGAAAUUACAGCGGAUUGGAAAAUUGAAAAUCCAGCUAUGAUCAAAGUAAUUGCUACAUUACUUCGAAAUGCAGCUGAUAAUAUUCAUUUAUAUGAUAUAAAAUUACGUUUUCUUGAUGAUUUAAUUUUACUUUCAUCUGCAAGUCGAGAAAAUCGAAGAACUAUUUUACAAAUGUCUGUUUGGCAAGAUUAUUUAUUUGGUCUUGCUUAUGUUUAUCCAAUAAAUGAAAUACAAAUCGAAAUAACUGAUCGAGUUUUUGAUUUAUUAAAAGUUUUAUUACAUCAUGCUAUUAAAUAUGAAUAUGGUGGAUGGCGUGUAUGGAUUGAUACACUUUCGAUUUUACAUGGACGAGUAACUAAAGAAGAUUAUUAUCGAAAAGUUAACAAAAUUGUUGAAAGUAUAAAAGAUGAUGAUGAAAAUGAAUCAAAAAGAUCAGUUUCUCCAACAACACGUAGUGGUUCACAAACUUCAGCCGAUGAACAUACAGCUGCAACACCUACUAAAUCAACAUCUAGUCGUCAAGUAUUUAAGACAAAUCAAUUACCACCAUUUUCAAUAUCUGAAUUUAAAUAUUCUCCAAUGCAUAUUCGUCUAUUACAUAGUGUAUUUGAUUCAAUUGAAGUUGAUGUUCGUUUAUGGAGAUCUGAUUCAGCUAAAUCAAUAACGGAAGCAAUUAAUCAUACAGAUAAUCAAAUAUUUUGUGCUAAUGUUGUACAUAUUAUAUCUCAAAUGGCAGAUGUAUUAUGUAAUGCAUGUGGUGGUCUUUUACCUUUACUUGCAAGUGCAACAUCAGCAUCUCAUGAAAUUGAAUUAUUAGAAAAUACUGAAGGUUUAUCACCUAAAGAUGCAUUAAAAGUUUUAAAACGUGCUAUGGGUUUAUCAGAUUUAUUUAUACUUGCAAAUAGUGGAAAUUUUUCUGAACUUGAACAAGAAAAAAGUAUGCCUAAUGGUGGAAUAUUACGACAAUGUCUUCGUUUAUCAAUGACAACUGCUGUUCGUCAUUCUAUGGAAUGUCGUUUUCAAAAAUUUGAUACAUCAAAAAUAUCGAAUUUACUAUUAACAUCAAAAAUAACAAAUAAAGAUCCACUUGAAGGUGUACUUGAAUUAACUUAUUUAACGAAUACAAAUGAAAAUGAUAAUGAAAGUGAUAAUGAAAAUGAUGAUAUAGCAACAUUAAUUUCAUCAUUUAUUAAAAAUCCAGAAUCAGUUUUACAAGAACUUGAUAUUCAACGUUUACGUGCUAUUAUCUAUCGUGACGUGGUAAGACCAGAUCGAAGUAAACCGAACAAAAACCUUGUCGUUGUCGUGGAUGAUACAAAACAAUCACAAUUUUUAGCAUUAGCUAUUGUUUAUUUUGCAUCAGUACUUAUGGUAUCAAGAUAUCGAGAUAUAAUUGAAACAAAUCAAACAAAUUUAUCUCGACAAACAUCAAUUAUAAGUGCAACAUCUAGUAUUCGACAUGGUUCGACUAGUGAUACUUAUGCAGAUACGACUAGUACGAACGAUUUGGCAUUGAUUACACCUUCAAUUAUUAAUAAUCAAAAGAAUACUGAUGAAUCAGCAAUUAUCUAUCAUAAUAAUAAUGGAAUUGAUAAAAUAAAUUCACAAUCAACUGAUAAAAAAUCAAUGGAUUUGAAUAAGACAAGUGCUACUGCUACUCAAUACGCAAGUAUUGCCAGUAUUCCUACUGGUGAUCAAACAACAAUAGAUAAAAGUCAAUUACCUGAAUCAAAACUUCCCGAUUAUCCAAAAGCUAAUUUUAAUACAACUGAAUCAUCAUCAGCAAUGAAUAUAACUGAAAAAUUAGAACGUGCAUUAUCUAAUAUUGCACCAUUUUUACGUGAUAUAUUUACUGAAUUUUCACAUAUUCUUACAAAAACAUUAGUUGGUUCACAUGGACAAGAAUUAUUACCUAGUGGUUUACAUGCUCUUAAACAAACAGCAUCAGUUGUUGAACUUGUUAUGCUUUUAUGUUCACAAGAAUGGCAAAAUUCUCUUCAAAAACAUGCUGGCUUAGCUUUUAUUGAAUUAGUUAAUGAAGGACGUUUACUAUCUCAUGCAAGUAAAGAUCAUGUUGUUAAAGUAGCUAAUGAAGCAGAUUUUAUUCUUAAUCGUAUGCGUGCUGAUGAUAUACGUAAAGCAAGUGAUUUUGAACAAUUAUCAGCACAAACAACAGUUGAACGUAAAUCUGAAGAACAAUUAUGUGAACAUUUUAUAACAGCAGCACGUCAACGACAUCAAGUUAUAGCAAUACGUUUACAAGAAAAAUUUUUAGCUAUGAUGAUAAAUGAUAAAACAGCUUAUUUAAAUAAUUCACGUCUAUUUUGGAAAUUAGAUCCAUGGGAAGAUGAUUUAAGACGACGACGACGUUUAGUACGUAAUCCAAAUGGUUCUACACAUAAUGAAGCAACACAAAAAUCAUCAUUUAAUGGUGUAAAUGAUGAUUUAAUAACAUCUGCUAUUCAAGAAGAAAAUUUAUUAAAACAAUUAAAACAUCAAAAAAUACAAAAUUUUAAUCAAACAAUAAAUGAUGAAGAUGAAAUGUUACAAGUUGAUGAAAAAGAUCUUGAUCAAGAUUUUUCUGGACCAAUACGUUUUUCAACAGAAUGUUCAGUAAUUUGUGGUACAACUUUUAUACAUGGAACUUUAGCUAUAACACAUAAUGCUAUGUUAUUUGAUGCAAAUGAAUAUGAUGAAAAUUAUACAAAUAUUGAUUCUAAAAUGUUACCUUAUAUUGAUAAUAUUCAUGGAAAAUGGCAUUUUAAUGAAAUACGAGCCAUAUUUUCAAGAAGAUAUCUUUUACAAGAUAAAGCUUUGGAAAUAUUUGUGUCGAAUAGAACAAGUGUUAUGUUUGCAUUUACUGAUCGUUCAAUUGUCAAAAAAGUUGUAAACUUUUUACCUCGAGUUGGUGUUGGUGGUCGUUAUGGAUUACCACAACAACGACGAACAUCAUUAGCAUCACCAAAACAAUUAUUUCGUUCAGCAAAUAUGACUCAACGAUGGCAAAGACGAGAAAUUUCAAAUUUUGAAUAUCUUAUGUAUCUUAAUACAAUUUCAGGUCGAACAUUUCAAGAUUUAAAUCAAUAUCCAAUAUUUCCAUGGGUUAUAGCUGAUUAUGAAAGUGAAAAACUUGAUUUAAAUUCUCCAUCAACAUAUCGAGAUUUAUCAAAACCCAUUGGAGCAUUAAAUCCUACAAGAAAAUCAUUUUUUAUUGAACGUUAUAAUCAUUGGGAAUCUGAUACAAUUCCACCAUUUCAUUAUGGUACACAUUAUUCAACAGCUGCAUUUACACUUAGUUGGCUUAUUCGACUUGAACCAUUUACAACAUUUUAUUUAAAUUUACAAGAAGGAAAAUUUGAUCAUGCUAAUCGACUAUUUCAUUCAAUUCCUAUAUCAUGGCAAAAUUGUCAACGUGAUUCAUCGGAUGUUAAAGAAUUAAUACCAGAAUUUUUUUCUCUACCUGAAAUGUUAACAAAUUGUAAUCAUUAUAAAUUAGGACGAACUGAAGAUGGAAUGAAAGUUGAUGAUGUUAUUUUACCUAAAUGGGCACAAACACCAGAAGAUUUUAUUCGAAUUAAUCGAGCGGCAUUAGAAUCUGAAUUUGUUUCAUGUCAUUUACAUCAUUGGAUUGAUUUAAUUUUUGGUUAUAAACAAAGAGGACCUGAAGCAAUUCGUGCUGUUAAUGUUUUCUAUUAUUUAACAUAUGAAGGUACAGUUAAUCUUGAUUCAAUAACAAAUCCAACAGAUCGUGCUGCUGUUGAAACACAAAUAAGAAAUUUUGGUCAAGUACCAUCACAACUUUUAACUGAACCACAUCCACCAAGAAAUUCAGCAAUGAAUUUAACUCCAAUGAUGUAUAAUGUUACACCAGAAGAUGUAUCAAUGAUAAUGAAAUUUUCAUCAAAUGCACCAAUUAUUCAUGUUUCAGCUAAUACAUAUCCAACACUUCCGGUACAAGCUGUUGUUACAAUUAGUAAUAAACAUGAUUUUUCAAUAAAUAAAUAUCAUCCAAAUGCUGGUACAUCAACACAAACUUAUGCAGAAUCAUCACCAACACCAACUCAUCAACAAACACAAUUACCAUUAAGCAUGGAUUCAAUUUUAGUAUCAAAUGUAAACUUAAAUCGUCGUCAUUUGGGUGAUCAUUUUGAUGAACGUAUUCAACAACGACAUCAAAGUUUUGUUGUUACUGCUGAUAAUCGUUUUAUAAUAUCAACUGGUUAUUGGGAUAAAAGUUUUCGUGUACAAAAUACUGAUAUGGCUAAAAUUACACAAGUACUCUAUGGUCAUUUUGAUAUUGUUACAUGUGUAUGUCGUUCGGAAAUAACUAUUGCUGGAAAUUGUUUUCUUGCAACUGGUUCACGUGAUUGUACUGUUUGUAUUUGGAUAUGGAAUGGAACAAAAGGUGCAAUUGUUGAUCGUGAAUAUCCAAAUCAAGAAAUAAAUCCAUCACCAGCAGCAAUAUUAACUGGUCAUGAUACAGAAAUAACAUGUUUAUGGAUAUCAGCUGAACUUGGUAUUGUUUUAAGUGGUAGUGAAAAAAGUCUUGUACUUCAACAUACACUUAAUGGUGAUAUAUUACGUUCAUUUGAAAAUCCAUCGAAAAUAUCUACACCACGUCUAUUAUCACCAUCAAAUGAUGGUGAUAUUAUUGUUUGUUAUGAUCGUUCAAAAUUAUGUCUAUAUACAUUAAAUGGAAAAUUAAUGCGACAAGCAAUAUUUGAAGAUGAAACUAUUCAAUGUAUGGCGUUAAAUAAUGAUAGUCAAUAUACGGUUAUUGGUGGUGAUCGAGGUUUUGUACAAAUCAUUCGAACACAUGAUUUACAACCUGUUUAUGCUUAUCCACAAUGUGAUGCUAGUAUUCGUUCAUUGGCAAUAACUCAUGAUCAAAAAUAUAUCAUGGCUGGUCUUUCUACAGGUUGUUUGAUUGUGUUUAAUGUUAAUUUUAACGUUCUUAAUCAACCACGACGUGAGGCUGGAACAUCUACUGCAAAUGUUUAA